AUGGCUGCACCACACUCCGCCAUUCUGGACCUGGCCGCUUGGGCGAGACUCGACGAAAGCAUGGACAUUCUCACCGACUGCGCCAAUUACGCCAACUAUGCUCAAUUCAUACUUGGUCUCCAAGGCCUUGCGAGCGUUGCUGCAGACGACGGACCAAUCUCACCGAUUAUUCAGCGCAAAGUUAUGGACGAGCUCAUUCUUGCAGCUUUCCGCGGACUCAUCUGGUUCACUUCACCUAGUUACAACCCGAUUCCAGUGGACGAGGAUUCUAGAGCAGGCUCGUCGGCGGCUGGCAUAGGUCGGACCAUCAUGAUGGAUCAACUCCUAAAUGAGGUUGGCGAUCGAAAAGCUGUCCUUGAGCUCUUGAGCAAGUCGGAGGAGAUUGUUGCUGCCUACCUCGAGGAGCGCGACGGAGUGUUGCCGAAAGACAGAGAGGCAAAGGCGUCAAGUAGUGUCGAUGAUGGCAACGGAACUAGCGCCAUGGCGAAAUACGAGAAGUGGAAAGAGGAUCAGAACAAGGUCCUUGUCACGGAUGAUGAGAGCCGGCCAGGAAUUGGGCCCAAGGGACUGGUUGCGCAACGGCAGGACAUGGACACCACAGACCGUGUGAUCAACUUUGUUGGUUGCCUGUCCCCGCUGAUUGUGGUUCUUGUUGCGCUGGCCAUCGUCGGGUUUUUGAUCCUCAGGGCUGCUUGA